AUAAAAUUCGAAAGAGCUCAAACAUUUUCGAUUUUCGCACUAACCGCUCCUUUCAGAUUCGUGCUUCCUUCACUUUUUCCGACAAAGCAUUCUACCGGAGAAAUCCUCCCAAAAACCUUGAAGAACGAUGGCGAGCGAGCCUCCGCAACCGUCAUCUUCUUCGUCGCCGUCAUCUCCUCCGGCAGCGGGAAGCAGCGCCGGCGAGUCGUACAUCGGGAGCUUCAUCAGUCUGAUAUCCAAGUACGAGAUCCGAUAUGAAGGUGUUCUUUAUUAUCUUAACCCUGGUGAUUCCACGCUUGGUCUCAAGAACGUAAGGUCAUGUGGCACAGAGGGGAGGAAGAAAGAUGGUCCUCAAAUUCCUCCAAGUGAUAAGGUGUACGAGUACAUUCUUUUUCGUGGAAAUGAUAUCAAGGAUCUACAAGUAAAAUCCCCUCCGUCUGCACAGUCAAAACAGGAGAUUCCGAGGGGCCAAGAUAUCACUCAGCCAGGUUAUUCUCAGCCAGCUAUGAUUCCAUCGGAUCCUGGUUCCGUUGACAGUUGCGGUUUGGUCAAAUCACCAGAAUGGAUGGAUACGCCUGCUGUGACCAGUAAACCUUUUCCUGCUACACAACAUCUAGCAGCGCCUUUAAGCUUUUCGCCUCCAUCAUCAGCUGAUGCAAGGAGUCUGAUAGAAUCAUUGCCAACCUUGAUUGGUCCAUCAAAUAAUUUUCAGGCUACUCAAACCAAUUUUGUUUCUUCUAUGCCUAUGCCUUCAUUUAUGCAAGGACAUAUAGGAGCUCCAGCCAGUGGUUGUCUUCCUAUGAUGCACAAACCUGUUUCCUCUCCCCCAGUGAUGCAGGAACAGCUGCCCCUGACGGAUCCUUAUUCCUCCCCAAUUCUGGGAAUUGUCAAUGAUACAUCACAUCUUGUUACACGUGCAUCUGAUCCUCUUGCUAACCCGCCAUAUGCCAAUUCUUCAUUCGUUGCUCAACCACUACUAUCUGCGUCUGCACCAAUCAGCCUGUCAUCGUUUCCUGCAUCUAUUCAGGGCAGUUGCUCCACUGGUUCCCAGGUUUUUGGCAAAGUCUAUGACUCUGCAUUUAGCCAGCCGACCCAGUUCACAUCUUAUGAGUUACCGGUUGAGAACCCCAGUCUUUCUCCUGUCAAUCAGAGUCCAUUGUUCACUUCACAUCAGUUCUUGGGAACGGAGCAUUUACUUCAAUCUACAGAACAGCCAUUCCCCCAUAGGCAAAUUGUGGGCGGGCGUGGAGACAUGGUUGCUGCAACAAAACCAAUAUCAGUGGAUGUGCUGUCACGAAGUCCUGCCAUUGUUAAUCAAACACCGUUGCUACCCCUUCCAGUUUCAGUUCAGCAGUCUCAUAAACAUAGUUCUAGCAUUCAGUUUACAGAAGAAUUUGAUUUUGAGGCGAUGAAUGAGAAGUUCAAGAAAGAUGAAGUGUGGGGUUUUCUCGGUAAGAAUAAGCUUGGGGAUCAAACAUAUGACCGAGAGGAUACAGCAGUUAAGCCGAGCUCAGAAGGGAAAGCAAAGCCUGCAUAUAAUAAGGAUGAUUUCUUUGACACGAUCUCACGCAAUACAAUUAAUCGUGGUGCAAGAAGUGGACACUCUCACUAUUCUGGCCGGAUGAGGCAUGAUAACGAGACAUUUGGAAAUGUUCAAGGCAGGCCUCAGCUACAACCAGGCGAUGGAGGAUAUCUUACUGAGCAUGCCAAUUACAGAGGUGGACAUAACUCGGGUGUGGGUUACGGCUACUAUGGUGGAAGGGGCCAUGUUAGAAACACACAUUUCUGAGUUUCUGUGUUCCUCAAGAGGUUGUUGGUUGGUGGCAUGCCCCCCUUGCGUCUUUCAUCUCAAGCUGGUUGAACCUUUACUUUUCUCAUGAAUCGAGAAUUCGGGUAAACGCUUUUUAGGGUUACUGCAUGUCAAGAUUUUCAAACUGAUCUUUUGGCAUAUCAUGGCAAGUUCAUGUUCUUUUUUUUUUUGUCUGAUGAGCUAGCCACUUUCCCUUCAAACAUUGGAGAAAGUUAUUGCCCCUGUAGAGAAACUAGUUUUGCUCUAUAUAUAUACACGACAUUUGUAUGCGGA